AUGAUAUGUCCUGUUACCUCUCAAAGUUUCGAAGCUAUAGUAGAUCUUCCUUCCAAUUUGUCGUCUAAGGUUACCGAGGAAGCUAAGGUAUCUCUUUGGACUCCUCUUCAUGAGCUCAUACAGCCUUCCUUGCAAAAUGAAGAACUUAUCUGGGCUGAAGAAAUCUGUAAACAAGAUCCUCAAGUCAAAGCUGCAUGUGAAGCAGUAGGAAUCAAGCAAUCAGACAUUGCUGUUGAUGGUGAGUCAUCAAUACUUGCAAUCGAUUAUCCUCCCACCAAUGCUGCUUCUGGAGAAGCUCAUCCACCUUCUUCUGCUGAGGCGUACGCGAAACAAGCUACUCGUGAACGAUUCGCACCACCUCUUGCUCCUCAAAAUUACCUUCCAGAGCAGAUCGCUUUAGAUGAGCCAAAUUUCAAGGUUCGUGAUACAUUGAAACCUCUGCAUGUUGUACAACCCGAAGGUGUGAGCUACUCCCUUGACGGUCGAGUUUUAUCUUGGCAAAAUUGGAAAGUUCACGUUGGCUUCGAAUAUCGAGAGGGUCUCGUUCUCUCAAAUAUCACCUACGACGACGGCGCGAAAGGUACCAGACCACUGUUUUACCGUUUGUCAGUAGCAGAAAUGGUCGUGCCAUACGCCAAGACAAUAUUCCCCCAUCACCGAAAGCAGGCGUUCGACACCGGAGAAUACGGUGUUGGCGCUCUUGCAAACUCUCUUGCUCUGGGAUGUGAUUGCCUCGGAAGUAUCAGCUAUCUCGAUGCCGAUUUCGUGACUCGAUCGGGAGGUGUACAAACGAUCAAAUCGGCCAUAUGUAUACAUGAGGAGGAUGCUGGUAUUUUACACAAACACACCGAUUUCCGUGAUAAUCGUGCUCAUGUCGCUCGAAACCGAAAACUUGUCAUCUCUUCCAUUUGCACCGUUGCAAAUUACGAGUACGGAUUUUAUUUCAAUUUUUCCCUUGACGGUUCAGUAGAACUUGAAGUCAAGGCGACGGGUAUUGUCAACGCAUAUCCUCUUGCCCCCGGAGAGCUUCGAGAUUCUAGUCAUGAAGUCGAGGUAGCUCCUCGAAUCGCCGCUCAACAUCACCAACAUAAUCAAGUGGUUCAAGUAGAUUCUGUUCCCGAUGAUGAAGAUGUUGGAAGUGACUCCAACUUCUACGGCAAUGGUUUCAAGACAGUCAAGACGCUCUUCAAUACAAGCAAAGAAAGUGUCUCAAACUAUGAUGCAGCCAAAGCUAGGAGUUGGGCCAUCGAAAACCCUAACAAACAGCAUUAUGCUAGUGGCGGUAAUGUUGGAUACAAGAUCGUCUCAAAGGACAUGCCUCCCCUUAUGGGAAAACCCGGUUCUCUCGUUUGGAACAGAGCACCAUUUGCUCGACAAAAUAUGUUUGUCACCGCGUACUCUGAUGACGAGAAAUUCCCCUCCGAAGUGCAUAUAAAUCAGAACCCUGGUGGAAAGGAUUUCGGUUCACAACAGUGGAUCAACCGGGAUGAUGACAUUGUCAACAAGGAUAUUGUGUGCUGGCCUUGCUUCGGUGUGACUCAUAUAUCUCGCCCCGAGGACUGGCCAAUCAUGCCUGUAGAGAUACUGAGGGUUCACCUUAAACCAUCCGGUUUCUUCGACCGAAACCCCGGUCUCGAUGUUCCCUCGACUGCAGAUGUAAAAUCCCGCUUAGCAAACGAGGCUUUCACGAAUGGAUCAACCACAAAUGGAACUCAUACAAAUGGAACUCAUACAAACGGUCUUACGAAUGGAUCUCAGACAAAUGGUUCAUGUUGCAAGAAGGCUUGA